AUGACUGGCGCAGGAAAAAUCAAAGAUCCUGUCAAGUUAUCUAGCAAACUUACCAGAGCUCUCUACAGGAAGCUACAGCAUAGCCCUAACACUUGGGCAGCUUACACUACUUCGAGAGUUGGAUCAGCUAGGUUCCCUGAACGGUACCAAGCGUCCUUCCCUGAUUCAGUGACGGUUGCUGGUUUAGAAGUUUCUGAAGGUGAUUCCAUUCUCGAAGUUUCCUCCGGAGCAAGUACUUCUUCGAAGACUCAAUCACAGAAGAUGCCAAUUCAACCUUCCUUCCGUUCCAGGGGUAGAUCGACCAAGGCUGCCAGCUCCUCUAGAGGGAGUGAUAAGAACCAAGGAGGAUCCUUCCUCGACUCUGUGAAGGAGGUUCUUGAUGAAGGAGGCUCUGCCCCUGCUAAAGAUGUCGUCUCUUCGGAACCCAAGGUUCAGGAAGUUGGCCUUCCCUCCGAGGUCCCGAUGACUGAAGCUGAUCCUCAAGUAAUGAGGGACCCUCCGGAGUCUGAGCCCCCGAGGAACAAGAGGUCCCGAACCGACCAGCUUGGAUCGGUCUUGGACGAUCCGUGGGGUUUGGCUACUCUGAUGAGGCACAUGAAGAGUCCCGGGUGUCCCCUCCCCUCGAUCUCCAAUAUCACGCACAAGGAUGAGUACGUCGAUAUUGCUCAUCACAUGGGUCAGCUGGCUGGAGCUAUUAACAGAGCUCAAUUCAAGUUUGAGGACGCUGUACACAAUGCUCCUAGCGCUGAGGAAUUAGCCCAGGUCACUGAGUUGGUCAAGGCCAACAAGACUGAGCUCAACCAGACUCGGGCUCUGAUCUCGGAUCUCCAAGCCGAGGUGAAGAGACUUGGCUCUAAGUGUGAUGCUCAGCAAGGGACGAUCGAGAGCCAGCUGAUUGACCUCCAGGUGAAGAAUAGGAAGAUUGGGGAGUUGGAUGCUGCCCGGAAGAUAGCCGAGUAUCAAGUCAAGGAGCUGAUCUCCACAUCCCAGAACAGCCAGAAGAACAAGGAAGCUGAGGUCAGGCUAGCCGUCCGGAGGGGAAAGAAGGAGGUAGCUGAAGCCUACAACAAGAUUCUGGUUAUUGUCAAGGAGAAGUUCUCCAAGAAGAAAGAUGAAGUUGACCUCCUGGUUCAUGCCCAAGAGAUUCAAGCCAACACCGAGCUCCUGAAGGACAUACUGGAUGGUGAGAUUAAGAGUACUCAAGAUGAGUAUGAUAACUUGGUGGCGCUAAUGCCGGAAGCUGUUGCGGCGUACGAGAAGGCUCAGGUUUCGGACUUCUCGAUUGGCAAGCUCCCUCUUCCCCAACUCUCUGAGAGUUCAGGUACUUUCGAGAUUAAUAUGUUUAACCUCUCCUUUUCCGGAGAGUUCGGUUCUAAUUUGGGAUUGGUGGGUUCUUACUCAGCCCCAGUCGAAACCGCCUCUGGAGGUAGCGACAAGGAGAUGGAGGAG